AUGACCACUCAAAAGCCGGUAUGCACAGACAAAGACCGUGUACUUCUGUUAUGUUCACGAGGAGUAAUGUCAAGAACACGACACUUGAUGAAGGACUUUAGAAAGUUGUUGCCACAUGUGAGAAAAGAGGCCAAAUUCGAAAAGAAGUGCAAAUUGGCUGAUCUGAACGAGAUGGCCGAGUUGGACAGUUGUACAAGAUGUCUGUACUUUGAGAACCGAAAACGACGCGAUUCUUAUUUGUGGGUAGCUGAUGUUAAUGGAGGUGCAUCGUGUAAGUUUUUGGUGCGUAAUAUUCAUACGAUGCACGAGCUGAAGAUGACUGGAAAUUGCUUGAAAGGAUCACGGCCAAUUUUGUCAUUUGAUCCAAAGUUCGACUCAGAACCUCAUUUGCAGCUGAUCAAGGAGCUUUUCAAACAUGUAAGUUAAUAUUUAUGAUAUUUUAUUCUACUUAAUUUUAAAGGGUCUUAGUGUUUUAAGAAUCAUGUCUUUUAAUUUCUGAAUUAGUCCUAGUUUUAUAAUUGUAUCUUUUCAGACAUUCAAAACUCCGCAGUAUUUGCCAAAAAGUAAGCCAUUCAUUGAUCACGUCUUCAACUUUUCCGUGUCAAAGGAUGGCCAUAUUUGGUUCAGAAACUUCCAGAUCGUUGGAGAAGGUGAACAACUUCAGGAAGUUGGUAAGGGAUUAAUUUUUUUUAUUGAAGAAUGCUAAUAUAGCCGAAGUAUUAGCCUAAUAUCAGAUUUUUAACCUUUAAACAAUCAAUUUUGGCAAAAUCAGUGUUUUUUAAUGAUAAUAGGUGUUAUAAUUACCAUUCUCAUGUAUAUGUAAAAUAAUUUUCAGGACCCCGAAUGACAUUAGAAGUGAUCAAAAUCUUUGGAGGCUCUUUCGAAGGUCCAGUUUUGUACGAAAAUACCGAGUACGUGAGCCCGAAUCUGAUUCGUAGACGACUACGUCUACAAAGCACUCAGAAGGCCGCCAUCAGAGCUGGAAAGAAGGCACAGAACAAUGAAGAAGCCAGAAACUUUGAAGAAAUGGAAGAGGACAGUGAUUAA